AUGGUACAUGAGAUCCAACAGACAGAAGCCGGUAAGAAAAUGACAGCAGCUGGAGCUGAAGCAUUGAGACAGGCAGGUUUCGGUGCGAGAAUAGCAGCAGAACAUGUAGAGAAAAUCGCUGAAAAAGUGGGCGAUACCGAAGUUUAUAAGCAAGUAUCUACGUCAAUGAAAGUUGUGAAGGACGAAAUCGAUAAUAUCACUGAUGUUCGAAUGUAUAGCCGGCCAGAGGUGCUAAAGAAAAGAACAGAGGGAUUUACUGACGCGUUUGCGAAUCGUACAGUCGAAGCAAAUGAAGAUGCUACAGGGAUUACAUUGCACAAAGAAUCUCGCUGGUAUGCCGGGUGGAAGAAAUUUUCCGAGGAAAACGUGUAUUAUAAUAAACUCCUCGACUGGAAAAUUCGGUACGAGGAAAGUGACAACGUCGCUGUCCGACUUAUGCGUGGAGUCACCGAGCGUAUAAGUAGCAUUUUUGGUAGCCAAAAUGAAGUAUCAGAAGUACUCACAGAAAUAGCCAAGAUUGAUCCAUCGUUCGAUAAAGCUGAAUGGCUACGAUUUUGUGAAAAAGAAGUGAUACCAAAUGUACUUGAAGCGUUUAUACGGGGUGAUCUGGAGGUUUUGCAAGAUUGGUGUCAUGAAAGGGCUUUCGUCGCUAUGUCAACUGUUAUAAAGGAAUAUGAAAAAAUAAAAUUCACAACGAAAGAUAGCCGUAUUAUUGACAUAAGUAAAGUAGAGAUGGUCUCUGGGAAGAUGAUGGAACAAGGUCCGGUAUUGAUCAUUACGUUCCAAGCUUUUAUGAUCAACGUUGUUAAAAAUAACGAGGGCAAAGUUGUCGAAGGUGAUCCGAACACGCCAGUUCGAGUACAUCACGUGUGGGUGAUGUGCCGAGAUAUGGAAGAAUACAAUCCAGCCGUCGCAUGGAAACUUCUCGAAGUACAUAUGCAGGAAGGACAACUUGCCCUGUAA